UACAUUACUGGCUUAAAGAGGCCACUUUGAACAUAUUCUUCCUCUUCUUUGGCAUCCUUCUUCUUUAUAAUCCAAAAAGUAAAUUUAUUGGACCAUCCAAAAGAAAACCAUGGUAGGACCUUCCUUUAAUACCUUAAAACCUACCACCACCAUUAAGUUCUUGUGUAGCUACGGAGGCCGAAUCAUCCCCCGUUAUCCUGAUGGCAAGCUUCGUUACCACGGUGGAGAAACUCGUGUUCUUUCUGCGAAACGCUCAAUUUCCUAUGCUGAGCUGGUGGUGAAGCUUGGGGAGAUGUGUGGAACAUCUUCGAUGAGUUUAAGGUGUCAGUUGCCAACAGAGGACUUAGAUGUACUAGUAUCAAUCACCUCCGAUGAGGAUUUAGCCAAUCUCAUUGAGGAAUACGAUAAAGCCACGGCCGCGCCGCCUGCGUCCAUCAAGAUCAGGGCCUUCCUUUCAACCUCGAAACCCACCAAAAAAGUGUCGCCACCACACUCCACCGCCUCCUCAUCCUCGUCGUUCUCCUCGUCCUCUAGCAACGACGCUGUGUCACCCAACUCAUUUCAUUCCCCCACCGCUGCCACCUUGCCUCCAAGAUGUCCAGCAUCGAAUACCCGGCUUUCCAUUCGAUAUGUCUCGAGGCUGCCUGUAUAUCCGCCGUGUAAGGGUGGAGCCACCGUGGGACAGCUUCCUAAGUAUGCUUAUCGUCAUGUACACGGGAACAAUAAUGGGCAGGUUUAUCUUAUCCACAAUGGGAACCAUUGGCAAUAGUAGCAAAAUUUGGAGUUGCCUGAGGAAAAGUAAUAGAGAAAUUAUCAUCAAUAUUAUAAGAAUAUAAAUUUAUAUGAUGUAAGAUCGAUGCGACUGUAAAAAGGGAUCCAUUUUUUGUUGAUCCGCAUGGCAAUUAAUGGAAAUGUUAGCCUAAUUUCAUUUCCGCGUCGAACAAUUUGAUGGUGGAGAAGGAUAUUGAGAUCGAAGAUUUCUCAAGAUGGAAAGUCAUAAUACGAGACUGAGAUACUGGUGCACUGUACAAUUUGAAAGUGCCAAAAACCAUUUACAAAUAUUAGAAUUAUUGGACGCAACAAUGCUUCAUGUAAAUCAUAGUGUACAAUUUUGUGUACACUCUACCACGUGUUAAGCUUCGAUUUGACAAUUUUUUUUUAAAAAAAGACUUUCCAUCAAUCACGUGUUGCCAACUCAGAUGAUGUGCACAAUGAUGUAUAAAAAGAGCGUACAAGUGGCUUUAUUCUAA